AAAUCCAUCUCACUCUGACUACAAACCUUUUCUUCUCAAACACAUUUUCUCAUCAUUCGAACAAACAAACAAAACCAUUUUCUUUUCUCAACUACAAAACCUCAUCCUCAUUACCCUUUUUCUUCCUUUCCCUAGAAAAAUAAACUGUUUUCUUCCUGACCAAACACUCUAAAAGCUAGCCUUCUGAUCAAAUCCGUUCACCCACCCGGUCUUUGUUCAUAUCAUCCUUAAUUUCUCCAAAAAACCAACUUCAAAUGGCUCCUGACAUCACCACCACCGGGCUAACCAAGGCCGCCAUCAUGCCCACCAGAGCAUACGUUACGUUCUUGGCCGGUAAUGGAGACUACGUGAAAGGUGUGGUUGGGUUGGCAAAGGGCCUGAGAAAGGCAAAGAGUAAGUACCCACUGGUAGUGGCAAUCUUGCCAGACGUGCCCGAGGAGCACCGUGACAUUUUGGUGUCUCAGGGUUGCAUAGUGAAGGAGAUUGAGCCGGUUUACCCACCUGAGAACCAAACCCAGUUUGCCAUGGCAUAUUACGUUAUCAAUUACUCCAAGCUUCGUAUUUGGGAGUUUGUGGAGUACAGCAAGAUGAUCUACCUAGACGGAGACAUCCAAGUUUUUGAGAAUAUAGAUCACCUCUUUGAUCUCCCGGACAACUAUUUCUAUGCAGUGAUGGAUUGCUUCUGUGAGAAAACAUGGAGCCACAGUCCACAAUACAAGGUUGGUUACUGCCAACAGUGCCCAGACAAGGUCAAGUGGCCUGCUGAGUUAGGCCCCAAGCCUCCCCUCUACUUCAAUGCCGGCAUGUUUGUGUAUGAACCCAACAUGACCACAUACCGUGACCUCCUCAGGACAGUCAAAACUACCCCUCCUACCCCUUUUGCUGAGCAGGACUUUCUGAACAUGUUCUUUAGGGAUGUUUACAAGCCGAUCCCUCCAGUUUACAACCUUGUCCUGGCUUUGAUGUGGCGCCACCCAGAGAACAUCGAGCUUGACAAGGUCAAAGUUGUUCACUACUGUGCUGCUGGGUCAAAGCCAUGGAGGUAUACUGGGGAGGAACAGAACAUGGACAGGGAAGACAUCAAGAUGCUGGUGAAGAAAUGGUGGGACAUAUACAACGAUGAGUCAUUGGACUACAAGAAUACCGUGCCUGCAGGAGAGGCUGGAGCAGGGGAUGAACAGAAGAACCUGCAAGCAUUUUUGGCGGCGCUUUCCAAGGCUGGUGUCGUGAACUACGUUUCAGCCCCAUCCGCCGCUUAGUGCUUGUGUAGGUUUUAUUUAGUUGAAGGGUUGGUUUUGGUCUUUCUGUUUUUUAAGUGGAAGACCUUCCUAUACGUUUAACUUGUAAGUAAUAUUGUCUUUUUAAGGGUUGGCUUUGGUCUUCUUUAUUUUUAAGUAGAAGACCUUCCUAUUAUUUUUUCAUUCGGAUUGUUAAAGGACUUUUGGGUCCUGCUUGCCAUUCCUUGGCCAUUGUUUGUUUCUUCAUAUUUUCUGUUUUAUCAAAUACAAAUAUUUAAGUAUA